AUGAAGAAUGCGUCAAUAGUGUCUUACCAACCUAGUUCUGGAGAUUCUAAGAAUAAUGGCAACAGCUACGAUCUUGUAUUUCCAGCUUUGCCAGUUUUGAAGACCUCCAACACAAUUGGGACUGUACCAUUUAAAAAACGGAGUAAUGUAAAAUCUUCAACGGUGAACGAAAUAAUUACUAUACAUGCCCAAGACCAAAAUUGGGACAGGAAUAGUCAAUUAGAGUAUGAAAAAUCUAAGGAAGUAUAUAUAAAAAUUGGGAAAGAGUAUAAUGUAGGAAUAGAGAUUUGUAUUUCAAAAACCAUUGGUCUGACUUUACUAAUUAGCGGCAAUAGAGUUAAUGUUGAACGAGCAAAACAAAAGAUUAUCACAAUCGACCAAACUCAAAUUAAAACUACUACUACACCGUUUCCAAAAGAAUAUCGAAGUACGUUAUUGGGCAAACAAGGACUUAAUCUUAAAAAUAUUGAAAAACGUACAGGAGCACGUGUUCAAAUACGAUGUAAGAAAAAUUCGGCUGACAUAAUUUAUAUAACUGGAACAAAGGAUUCUACGAAAAAAGUAGUUCAAGAAUUGGAGGAAAUUAUGUUGAAGUUGAAAAGUAAAAUUGAAAAGGAAAUAACAAUUGAUCAACGUCAUCACGGAGCGAUAAUUGGAGUUAAGGGUGAAAAAGUUCGAGAACUUCAGAAAAUAUUUAAUGUUCAAAUUAUAUUCCCCAGUCCAGUCGAGGCUAGAAAUAAUUUAGUUAAAAUACGAGGUUUGAACGAUGAUGUAAAUAAAGCAUUUAAAUCAUUAGCUGAAUUGGCCGAAGUAUUGGAUGAAAUCAACUAUGUGUUGGAAAUUCCUAUUUUUAAACAAUUUCACAAACUUAGUGCUGGAAAGAGAGCAGUAUUUAUUAAAAAGAUUAGAGAAGAGACUGAUACGAGAAUUUUUUUACCACGUGAAGGAGACAAUAGUGAUGUUAUUAAAGUCAUUGGAAAUAAAAGAAAAGAGAUAAUGUAA